GUGCAGCAGCAGCACCAAAGGUCUCAAAGUUCACCUGCUGCAAAGUUCCUCCUUUCCCCCACCCCACAGCCCUGCCCUUUGGACUUUAGCUUGUCACUGUCUUUGUCAGCCCAGCCCUCCUAAGCUCCCAUGUAGUCCCAGUGCUGUGCACACCUGACAGGCAGGAGAGGCACAGGCACACACAGGGACCCUCCUUCCCCAUCCCGAGUGGGAGUCAGCAGGAGUUAGAGGAAAGGAAACAAAGAAGGAGCUCCCUGGCUCGUGGUGGCACAGAGAAUAGUCCAAGGAAUGGACGUGGGGCUGCUGGAGAUCCCUGCAGAGCUCGCAGCCCUCCUGCACUUUGUUGAAGGAAACCGAGCCCAUGCCAACCAGAUAACUGAGACACAGCCCCCAGAAGUCAAGGUCAAGGAUGACCUUUCCCUCCCACCCACCAUCAACAGCUAUCCCUUCUCCUCCUUUGUCAGAUCACACUUCCAGAAACCAGAUUUCCCUGCCCCUGGUCAGCCUCUGCAGCAGCCCUUAACCCACCUGGAUGCUGAACACCAGGAGAGUGCACUUGAGAUAAACAAGCUGGUUCUGCGGUUCAUUGGUGACAAGAGCCUCCAUGGCUGGCAGGAGGUCCUGCUGGGCAACUACAUUGCUGGGAGAGGUUUGAGUGAUGCUGCUCUGCGAGAUGAAAUCUUCAGCCAGGUGGUUUCCCAGACCUGGAGGAACCCGGACACGGAGCACAGCCAGCGCGGCUGGGUCCUGAUGGCCACUCUGCUGAGCUGCCUCAGCCCCUCACCAGCACUGCAGAAACCACUGCUGAAGUUUGUGUCAGACCAUGGCAUGGAGGGCUACAGCGCCGUCUGCCAGCGCAAGAUGCUGACGGCAGCUGAGUGCACAGAGACAGAGCCUGCAGCCUGCAGGGCUUACCCCCCCACCCAGCUGGAGUGGACAGCAAACCAGAGGAGAGGGAAGAUGGUGCUGGAUGUUCAUACCUUUAAUGAGGAGAAGUUCUCAGCUGAGGUGGAGUCCUGGAUGACUGGGGAGCAGUAUGCAGCCUGCAUCCUGAGUGCAAGGGGCUGUGACAAGAAGACUCGAGGGUGGUCUGUCUCCAUGUUCACUGGCAACACAUGGCAGGACCUGCUGGGCUGUGACUUUGUGCUGGACCUGAUUGGGGAGAUGGAGGAGACCAGCAACUUCAGCAGCCCCUCCCAGGCCCCCACUGAGUACCCCAUCACUCCAGAGAGGGACAGGAGCACCCUCCCCGGUGACCUGGACAUGAUCCCUCCUGCUCCAGGCAUCCAGGCCCCUGCUUUCCCCCCACCCAGCCUGCCUCCAGAGCUUGCUGGUCUCCCUCCAGAUGCAAGGUUUAGGGAUGACCUGAGGACCCCUGUAGGCCUGGAUCACUAUGUGGAUGAUCUCUUCAGCCCUGUGCUGCAUCAGGGCUCCAGAGUGCCUGAGAUGGAGAACAGGGAGAUUCUCACCAGACGCAUGAAAGGAGGGGGGAAGAUUGGACCCACACAGAGAGGAAUCCUUCCUUCUGCAGGCUUCUCUGGAAUGGCUCAAACCCCGGUUUACCAGCCCAUGCCCUCCAUGAUGGGGAUGCCAGCAGCCAUGCCCAUGAUGCCAGGGGCUGGUGGCAUUGCACCCAUGCCAGCCAUGGUGAUGCCCCAGCCCAUGGUUCCAGCUGUAGAUCCCAGCCAGCUGGCAGCACAGCAGCAAGCCUUUAUCAACCAGCAAGCCAUGCUCAUGGCCCAGCAGAUGACCCUUCAAGCCAUGAGCAUUUCCCAGCAGCAGCAGCAGGAGCUGCAGAAGCAGCAAAAGUCUCUCGAGAACUCCAGGCCAAGAUUCUCAAGGCCAGCACAAGCCUCAGCCCCAGCCACUCUCCCAAAACCCAAGAAGCCUCCCAGCAGCCAGGCUGCUGCAGCAUCAUCAAAUUCUCCAGAGCCCCCAGCCAAGGCAAAAGAGCCGGAUUAUAACUACGUGGAAGAGGAGUUCUCCAGCAAUGAGGAUGAUGAUUAUCCUCGGGAAACCUUCCAGCAGAAGAGAGAGUACUUCCAAAAGAUGGGAGAGCAGCACAUCCGAGUGAAGAAAGUCAGACCUAGCAAAACCUGGACUCCUCCAGCACAACCCCAGCCAAAGGAGGAGGAGGAAGAGGAGGAGAAAAGAGAGGAGCUGGAGAAGAGGAAAAGAGAGGAGCUGGAGAAGAGGAAAGAAGUGAAGCCUGUCCCUAAACCAGAGCCGGCUCCUGCUUCCCCUCUGCCACCUCCUGAGCCCAAACCAAAAAAUGAGACACCAAAACCAAGGAAGGAGCCUCCUGUAGUGAAGCCUUCAGGCCCUGAGUCCCGUCCUGCACCCAGCCGUGAGAUUGGGAACAUCAUCAAGAUGUACCAGAGCAGACCAGCCCCUGAACCCCUGCCUGUGCAGCCUGUCAGGAAAGUAGCCAAGCCAUUUGUAAAGAAGAGCGACCCCAAAAAUGAGGCUCUGGCCAAGCUGGGAAUGAUGAAAGCCUCACCUCAGCCACCACCAUCUCCUGUGCCACAGGAGAAGAAAACACCUCCACCUGUCAAGCCCAAGCCAGGCCCAGCUUCCAGCUCUAUCAAGGAAAAGCAGCUGCCUCUCCUGGCCAUCUUCAGACCAGAGGGUGCCCCAGCACCCAUCAGCCCAGCUCCCAGCUCCCCAGCUCCCAGCUCCCCAGCACCCAGCUCCCCAGCCCCCCAGCCCCCUUCUGCUCCCCCUCAGCCCCCACCAGCACCUGAGGACCAAGGCAGGCAGGAGGAGCCCCCAGGGAAGGACUCUGCUGUGACAGUGGCAGAUGAUGAUGGGAUCAAGACCCAGCUGUACAAGCUCACCACCAGUGUCAGCUUUUCCUAUAUCGACCCUGCCUGGAAAAUUUUUCUGCGCAAAGAGGUGUUUUACCCCAAAGAAAAUUUCAGCCACCCCUACAGUCUGAACUUGCUGUGUGAGCAGAUCAUCCGUGACACCUUCUCCGAGUCCAGCUUCCGCAUCUCCAGGGAGGAGAAGCGCAAGAUGAAAGAUCUGCUGAUGGAGUUCCGAGUUGGCAACAAUGCCCGGUCCAUUCGGGGGGACGGGAUCAAGAAGAGGAUUGUGGUGGCUGCUCGGGACAACUGGGCCAACUACUUCUCCCGCCUUUUCCCUGUUCAGGGUGAAAAGGGAAGUGAUGUGCAGAUCCUGGGUGUUUCUCACCGGGGCAUGAGGCUGCUGAAGGUGGAGAAAGCAGCUGGAUACCACCCUGAGCACCUCAAGAUCCUGCGCAGCUACUGCUUUGCAGAUGUGCUGUCAGUGGAGAUGAGAAGCAGCAAUUCCCUGGAGUUCUCCCUGAAGACAGAGCAGCUCAUCCUGCACUCUCCGAAGGCUCCGAGCAUCAAGGCCAUGGUGGAGCUCUUCAUGCAGGAGCUGAGGCAGGACUCCAACUACGUCGUGGCUCUGCGCAGCUACGUCGUGGAUGACAAGAGCCUGCUCAGCUUCAAGAAGGGAGAUCUCAUCGAGCUGCUGCCCAUGGAGGGCGUGGAGCCAGGGUGGCAGUUCGGCUGCACCGCUGGCCGCUGCGGGCUCUUCCCCAUCAGCCUGGUGCAGCUGGCUCCUGCCCCCGACUACCUCAGCAGCAGCAUGGACAGGAGGGGAGAGCAGAGGAAGAGCUUGAGAACUUCCCCAGGGAGCAGGAACACCAGCAGGGAGAGUUCUGUCCUCAGCCUGGUACCAGGAGCCAACAGCACCAUGUUAGUCCCUGCUGGUGACCAUUACACCAUGAUUGACUUCGCCACCGCCUACUUCCGAGAGGCUCAGUCCACGCAGGGCCUGAAGGGCACCUCUGCUGAGAAGAGGAGUGUUGCUGACCUGGUGCGGCACACCAAGGUCCCAAUCCAGGCGUCUCUGCUCUGCUACUCUGACAGUGAGCUGAGCGAGCUGGCUACAAAGAACUUCCAGACGCUGAUGCGGUUCAUGGGAGAUCAGCCAAAACACAAGCACCAGAAUGAGGUCCAGUGCAUCUAUGAAAUCCUCCAGCUGUGCAAGGAGAAGGAGAAUUUGCACGAUGAGAUCUACUGCCAGGUCUUCAAACAGGUCACCCACAACCCUCAGCAGGAGAGUGAGAUGCGGGGCUGGCUGCUCCUGAACCUGCUCACUGGCUACUUCCUGCCUUCCAAAACCCUCAUGCCCUAUGCCACCAAGUUCCUGCAGUUGGCCAGCAGUGAUCCAUCCAGCAGCCACCACGACAUUGCCAAGAUCUGCGAGAGCAACCUGCGCAAAAACUUCCUGUACGGGGGCCGGCGGCACCUGCCCUUCGCUGUGGAGAUGGAGGCACUGCUGAAGGGACACGGUGCCCGCCGGCUGGUGGUGCUGAUGCCUGGAGGAAUGGAGUACCUCACCAGGAUCAGGACAUUCACUGUGGCCAAGGAGCUUUUGCAGGAGAUCUGUGAGCAGAUGGGAAUAGGUGAACAGCAAGAGAUCCAGGACUUUGUUCUCUUUGCUGUCAGGAGUGAUGACAAAAAUCAUGGUAAAAUGGUGAGGCCAAUAAAACUGGAGGAGUAUCUCCAUGAUUACCUGCUGGAGGACAAGCUGGUCACUGUGACCUUGCGCAGGCUCAUCUGGAGGGCACCUCUGCACUUUGACAGCCAAGUUUACACAGAUGUCCAUUAUGGACAGGUGCUGUGGGAUUACCUGAAUGGGAGGAUCCUGCUGAGCCAGGGUGAACAAAUGGAGAUACAGGUUGGCCUUUUGGCAAUGUUCCAGCACUGGGCCAAAGGGGAGCAGCAGAACUCUGCUCCCUCCAGGGAAGAGCUGAAGGAAUACACUCCAAAGACCCUGCAGGACUCCAUCAACCCCAUGGCUCUGCACAACCACGUGGCCACUCUGCUGAGAGCAAGGCAGCCCCUCCAGCCUCUGGAUGCAAAAAUCCAGUUCAUAGAGCAUGUGAUGAAAUUGCCUUUCUUUGGCUACACCAUCUUCGUCGUGGAGAGAAUCAGCGAUGAGAUGGUCCCUGUGCCCUGUUUCUUUGGUGUGAACAAGGAGGAGAUCAUAGUGGUGGAUGGAACCAGCCAGGAGGUGUCGCGGGCCGUGCCCCUGCAGGAGCUGCAGAAGAUGCGCACCCUGAGGCCCAUCUCCGACGGGGGCCUCCCGGGCCUGGAGCUGCACUACGGCUCCCCUGACAGCCCCAGGGCCAUGUGGGUGGAACUGCCACAGGCCAAAGAACUGUACCACACGAUUGUUGUGAUCCUGGAUAAAACAGAGCUGCGCUCCUAGAGCCUAAGAGGAGGAGGAUGGCCAAGGAAAACCGCACUGAAUUUCCCUUUCUCUGAACUUGAUCAGUGCUCCCUGACCUGUCUUUGGGAGAGAACUCUUCCAGAAGACACCCAUGACCUCAGCCAGCUGCUUUCUAAGAAUGCCACCACAGUGUUUGUUGAUGGAGUGACCAUAACCCUCGUGACCUGCCCUUCAGUCCCCAAGCACUUCCUUGAAACAAUCCACACUGUGGCUAAACAAACCCCAAGGGCCUCUCCACACCACAGCCUGUUCCAACAAAGCAGCUGACCCAAAGCAAGCACUUGCCUUCAAGCUUUGCACUGUGCAACGCCUCCUUUCUGUUUUGAAUUAAUUAUUAAGAGCAAAGCCUGGUGCUUGCUAGAGAUUUGUGUAUCCUGAUGCCCAGCUGAUGGCCCUGCAUGGGCUGCUGGUGUUUUCCAGGAGCCAGAUUUUUCUCUAAAUUGAUAUGCAGAGGUCCUGUAGCAGGACUUGUGAAGCAGGAGUUUGUAGAAAAGCUCCUAAUUGAAAAGCAGACCAGUGUUAAUCAUACAAUUAACACAUAUGCUGGGGCACAGAUUGAGCUGCAAUAGUAAGGAAGUUUAUUGUUAAGUAAUUUCUCACUGACAUAAUUAUAUGCAUAUGCUUCCCUCUACUACAAAGAAGUCAGUCAUGGCUAUGCAGCUGUCAGGGGGAAGCAUCUUCAAACAGAACUUGUAUUAUACUGAAGUGUUGUUUUGGGUUGUACAAAAAUAUUUAAUUUAUUUUUAUUGCCACAGCUCUCCUAAUGACCUGAGGAGUAACUGCCCUUUAGGAAAUUGCAAUAAAAUAAUCACAGAGAUGUUUUGAAGGGAUGCUAUGAUACAUUUUCCAUCUAACCUGGGAAAACUUAACUGCAGGUAAUGGGUAAAGCUUGAGGAAAAUGUUGUCACUGUUGGCAAGGAGAGGGGAUAGAUCUGAGGGUGCUCAGUGCAAGCCCUGAUGCACAGUUACACUUCUGCUGAGCUGCUGCCAGUGGGAACUACAGCAUCUUCCCUGGCAGGAGCUUCCCUCUGAGUGCUGCUCAGUACCUCUGACCAGUCUGUGUGACUGAGUGGUAAGAAAAAGCUUCCAGGAACAGCCCACAGCAGUUGUAACAUUGCUUUAUUGUCAGUUCUGCAUACACCCUACAGAACAUUAAAAAAUCCAGCUGUGGAACACAGUGAUCCAAGCCCCUGGGCAGUCUCUGAGGCUGCACAUUCCUCUGGCAGCAUUGGAGCCUGAGGCCACCAGCCCCUGCAGGUAUGGAACAGAGGCAGAGCCCAAGAGAAAUCCAGCAGGACUUGUGCCAGGGAAUCAGGUUCAGGUUCCAUAUGAACACAGCAGCAGAGGUACCAUAGUGUCAGUCUGAGGGUCACAGCAGAACCUUCCCCAGCUGUAACAGCAGCACUGCUCCCUGUACAGACUUCUGGUGAGGGACAGGGAGCAAAUAUGGCUUUAGGGAUUACAAGCAAAGGCUGGAAGUGUUGCAGAGGUUAAUACUGAAAGAGUAUCACCAUUUAAAUUAAAGGGCAGAACUGGACAAAGUUAAAGAAGUUCACAUUAAAA